AAGGUUUAAAAAUCUGAUUUCACUCAAGAAGUGGAGCAUUUUACUGUGCAGCCUGUCAAUUGUUCUCUGCCAUGAAAGCCAAUUAAACUUGUACUUUUAUUUGUCCUCAGAAGGAGCCGCAGUCCAAUCUGACAUAUGCUACUGUUGACCAUUUUAACCCAAAGGCCCCUCAAAAGAAAAUAGUCAAAAGUCAGGAGGAUGAGGUCACUUAUUCUGCCAUAAAGCAUAAAAUGGAGAGAGAGGAGGAAAUGAACCCCAGCAGUUUCUACAGCUGUGUCACAACAUUAAAAUAAACCAGAGUGACGUGCUUCAUCCACCCUCUGGUUUGCUAAAUCCCAUAGCAGGAAGUGGAUGUGGGGUUGCGCUGAUAGAGUUUAUAUGGUUUAGGUUUAUUAAUAAGGAAUUUUAAUUUUUUUUUACAUUGGUAGAGAAGCGAAAAGGUAAGUUAUGGGUUAAUUGUUUAUUUACCCUUUGUCCUUGUCUGACUUUCUAUUUAAACGUUAUUUAACAGCUGCCAUUUUUUUUAAACAAGCCUUUCUUCAUUGAGUUGUCAGAUGGCUCUCUGAGGCGAUAUUUGUCAGAUACGCUAAUACAGUGGUUCUCGAACCAGUGCAAGACUUGCAUUCAGACAGAUUAAGCACUCUGACCACUGCAGUAAAAAUGCAUGCUUUUAAACAGUAACACAACAUAAUUCUGACCCUUUUUUUUCUUGUGUUUUGUUAUUUAGAGAAAACAAAAGCCUUCUUUAAGGUACUUUUUAAGACCAAGGCUUCUCUGUUAGCUGUCUCUGAGCUGCUGCAGCAAAACUCUUUGUACCAUUUGGUUUUCUUUUCCAUUAAAAAACACUCCAGAGCAUUUCCUCCUGUGUCUGUUUUCUGUCCUUUCAGUUUACAGUGGCCAUGUUUCCGUCUACAUUUUUAUGUGUAUAUGGAAAUCCUUUAAGUAAAGGUUGAUGGAAAAGGUUUUACCGCUUGCUUGAGGUGUUUUUUGACUUUUCUGAAAUAAAAGUUAAUGUGUAAAAUGGGAGAUAGAAACACAAUUUUGUAAAGUUCUCAUGUAAAGAACAUUUACCCCACAUGACUGACAACCUACGGCUAUCUUCCAGGAUGUUCCCAUAACGAGCCUAGAAUUGCAUUACAUCUUACAUCGACAAUACUAGCUGACAUGACAGGAAAAUCACACAACACAAUCCUGAAAACCUCUCAGUUUUUCUCAGAUGUGUUCAUGCUAGUUUGCAGUAACUACUUCCUGUUUAUUACAGCCGUGCGUGCGUAAUAACGUCGACAUCUAACAAAAUUACGUUGGGUGUAGCCUGUUUAAUCUCCUCUAGACCAGUAGAUGAAAACAUUCCUUAUUUGCAUUUUCUUUUUUGCAACAUUUUAAAAGUUUGCCUAAAAUGUGCAUGUCAAUUGGAUGGAAACAUGGAUAGUGAGUCAGAUGGCCACUCUCACAGAGCCUCAUUCUGCUACAGGUUUAAAGGGAGAUGUUCGUUUCCACUGCUGCCACAUGUUUUGCCACAAGGAGGAAUUGUUGUAAAGUAAAUGAUUCUGAGCAUUCUGCUGGUCUUAGAUAACUUUUCUCCAACUGGUGUUACAUAAUUAACUUUAUUUAGCAGUGUUUUAGUUCAUUAGAAAUCCUAAUAGUUUUUGGCUGUAUGUAACUGACCAGAUGACUGAAUGUUUUUUGAAGGAAUUGGAUUGAAUUGAGACUGACUGGAUUCUGCAUAAAUGGAUAUGAGGAUAUUUUUGUGAUUAAGUGAAUUCACAACUUUAAACUAAACUUAAACUUAACUCAUUUCAAUUUAAUUUCUUUGCAUGACUCUUUAAAGGCUUUCUCUCACUGAUAGUUGUCAGUUCAUUGUUGCAAAAUCACUGUGCAUUGUGCCCAGCGCUGCUGGUGACGGUUAGUCGUUGGACAUUGCAAAAUAUUGCACUUCCUCUUUUAGUCCACAGAAAAGGAGGGGAACACACUUUUUUAAAAUAAAGGUUAGUGUUAGUUAUUCUAAGAAAAAAAUCUCUUUAUUUUUAUCCUGUUUCUGUUUAGUUUGAACAACCAGGCGUCAGUUUUUUUAUGAAAGUCUGAAAGAAAAUGUAAUCAGUAACAAACAGGAUGUAAAAAUGAAUGAUGUGAAGAGAUUUCAACAUAGUCUAUUACAAAGAGGAAACAACACAACUAACUUCAGAUCUGGAAAAAAAGGAGUGGCUCACAAGAGGACAGGAACCAGUGGAGGGCACCAGUAUCUCUAUCACAAAACCGGAGAGGAUGUGGUUUUAGCUUGUAACAGUGACUCACCUUCUUACUUGUGCUCUAUUGUUACCUGGAUUUACAACAGAGGAGGAGGCAGUAAUUCUGAGGACAAGGUUCAAGAUGGAAAGGUGAAAUCUGAUUUACCUGGGUCUGCCAGGCUGAGUGUAGACGGUGAUUGCUCUCUGAUCAUCAGCAACGUCACUACUGAGGACGCAGGACAUUACACAUGUCGGCCUGGAAGUGGAGGCCGUUUGGAUGGAUUUGUGUAUCUCAGCAUUUUGACCAUCUCGCCUUCCGUACCAACUGCCGAUCCGACAAAUUAUGCAAACGUCACGUUCGAGUGUACUUUGUGGAGAUAUAGUGCACUGGGUCAAUGCCCAACGAACAGCAUCCUCUGGGUGGAUGACACAGGAACUAAGCUACUUGGUGAAGAUGACGGGUAUAAGUUUGAAAGACAGACAAACUGUGUUUCCUCUCUGACUGUGAAGCAUCUGAGCAGCAGCAACAGAAGAUACACCUGCCAGCACCUCAUAGAGGACGAAGUGAAAAUAACAGUUCACCUUCCAUCUUUCUCUACAGAUCCAGGUCAUAACAGCAGUUUAAUAAUCGUUGGACCAGUGAUUGGGGGGCUGUUGGUUCUGGUCGUCAUUGUUGGUUUUCUCAUCAAAUGCAGGAGAAAAAACAGAGUCCCAGACCAUCAAAUCAACAACACAGAUGUUGAAAUUCACAAUAAUCAAAUCCAUCUCUAUGAUGAGCCACAUGCCAAUGUGACCUAUGCCAGCAUUGACCAUCUUAAUCCGCAGGCCUCCCGUAAGAAAAUGCUCACGGAGGACGAAGAUCUGGUAACUUAUUCUGCUGUUCGGACCACCGUGAAGACGAAGGAGGACAUCGAUUCCUGCCGUACCUACAGCGUUACUGACAAGCCGGAAUAAAGCCCAUUUUUAAACGAACACCUGAUUUGAAUUUAAGUGUGAUUAAAAGAAUACUUUGUUUUAAA